AUGCCGCCCGCGAGCAAGGGCGGCGGCAGGAGCCGGGAGGAAGGGUUCCUUUUUGUACCCAUCACCCAUCCAAGCGAGACCAAGGCCUGGAAGAAAAAGGUCAGAUCACACGCCGCGCGAAAUCCAAAGGCCCGUCAGCAGCGGGUAGCCGCCUAUCAGAAGUCAACCACACCUCCUGAGCAAAGCCUAAUCGAAGAUUCCCCGGCUCGCCCAUCGAUUCAAUCCGUGAGGUUGUGGCUUGUCACGACCCUGAAGAACGGCUCGCGUUCUGGCCACACCCCCCUUCUCGCCGGCAGCCCCAUUUCAAUGCUCGGCGCCGCUAGAACGGAUCCAUUCAAUGCCUUCGUCAGGAGGGUCACUAUCCAGGAGCAAGGACUUCUUGAUCACUUCCUGCGCAGCAUGGCGUUACUAGAGUUGAUCCGUUUGCCAGAGAUGGAAGUGAUGGUGCAAGGUGAACGAACGGCAUUCUGCAAGAUGAUGACGACCUACUGGGUGCAAUCAGCCCUCGCCGAUCCGGGAAUGCUUUCUCUGGUACUUCUCUGGUCCAUGAGACACCUUGCUACUGUACGAGAGGAGGGCUACAGUGACCCUGUGAUGACGAUGUAUAAGAUGGAGACGAUACGCCAGCUUAACGCAACAAUCACCAGAGAGGGAAACAACAUCAGUAAUCUCACCAUGGCCAAGAGCCUUUGCUUGGCAUCAGACGCUGUAAGAGAUCCCCAUAUCCCCAAGGGUGCAAGAUCACAUGCCUAG